UCUCGGCUCAGGAGACACUCAAGGAGAGAUUUCGACAUUCACCACGCCAACUUCAUCCUGUCGCUAGCGCCAAAUGUGCCUCGCACCUUGACGUAUCUCCACCAAUGCCUGUGGUACGACCGUCUAUCCCAUCCACCUCACUCACACCCACGUCCACACUCGCCGCAACCCUGCGCGCCUCUCAGGAUGCCGUGCAGAGUCAACAUGACAGGGGCCAGAAACCCUCACCACCGCCAUCCUGUCCAUUGGCCGACAGACACCGCCGACCGCGGCUGGUCACUCUACAAGUGCGAGCGGUUCUGUGAUUGGUGCCCUGCGGGUGGGCGUAAAGGGUUCGACACCAGUUCAGCCCUGUGGAGACAUGUCACCAUGGCCCACCCCACUGUCCCAAAUCUCCCAGGACCCACGGUGGAAGUCCGGGUUUUCCCAGAAAUCAUUGACUGUCACCCAAACAGCUCCUGGGAACCACCGCCAAUGCCAUGUCCCCAUCCACCCGUCGACGUUCUCGGCUGGCCGACUCGCGAAUUCCCAGUCAACCUCACCAAAUACGCCAACACAUUCUGGGGAGCUGUUGGAGAGCUUGCAAUUGAGAAUGGAGAAGUGAUGGACAUCCUUCGGGACAAUGAAGAUAAGCAGGCAGGCUACGACGACGUGCUCAAGGUGCAACUAUUCUUGCGCACGGGGAAGGGUAUGGAGAAAUAUGAGAAGCGUGUUCAGGCAGAUGGGGAUAAGGCUGACCUGCUUGGGGCGAUGGCUAGGGUUUUCUGGGAAGUUGUGUGGAAGUGCGGCCAUAACUUCAAGAAGGGUUACGACCUGUCGGAAGCUGCGGAGAAGCGAGAAAAGGAUGGACAUGAGACAGAGCUGCAAAGAGUGGGAGCGACUUGAGACGAGGGACGUUGGAUCAGCCUCUAGUAUGAUAUGACCUUUCAAUUUCCACGGCACAUUCAAGAUG